AUGAUGCCUGGCCGGACCCUGAGCAAAGCCGGGCCGCCCGCCGCUCCUGCAGGGAGCGAGGCGGCGGCGGAGUGCGCCCUGGAGCUGACCCGCAUCGGCGACAGGUGGCACCUGCGGCAGAGGUUCCUGAACCUGCUCGCCAAGUGGCUCUGCCCAGAAACGUGGGCUGCCCGCGGACACGGCCAGCGGAAUGCAAGAGGACGUUGGCUUUGUGGGUUUGGAAGAAGAGGCUCCACAGACAGCGGGAGAUGAAGAAACCUCAAAUCUCGCUGCGUUGUACUUAGAUGCCCGUAGCCCCCGGAGGAUGACUAUCACAUAAUUUAUCUGAAGAACGUUACAGCAAUACUGGCGCACAAAUGGCGGGUGGGAAAUAGACAACGAUGGGCAGAGACCCUAAACUGUGCGACUAAACUGGUGACUUGGGGCAAGAUUGUGA